GCACAGCUUCACAGUUCUCAGCAUCACCAACCAAAGGAGACAUCAAGCAUCCCCAGACCACUGGAGCGCCUACAGAGACCACCGACAAGACGUGAAGAUUGUUUUGUUUGAUUAAAAGCCUAUUAUUCCACUGGAAUUUAGGCUUCCUGACAAAUCCUUAUAUUCAAUAUUUUUCUUGGGGUGGCUGUUUUUGCAUCUCCUUGAUGCGCAGUUUAUCAAGGAUAAACCCAGACAGCCAUUACUGCGGCUCUUGUUUUGCAAAAGCAUCGUGGAGGAGAGCAGAUUCCUGUAGGCACUGCUCUCAUAUAUCCCAUUUUCAUUCUUCUUUAAUUAGAGCACCAACCUAAAUUUGGAUGUCUAACACAAAUUGAAUUAGUCCCAGGAAGCAGUGGGGCUCCAGUUUGGCACCUUCUUUAGCUGACCCCUAACCUUGAGAUUCUGACAACCUGCUCCCAGCAUCAUGGGAACCGUACUAUCACUUUCACCCAGCUACCGGAAGGCCGCCCUGUUUGAGGAUGGCCCGGCCACCGUGGGCCACUACACGGCGGUUCAAAACAGCAAGAACGCCAAGGACAAGAACCUUAAGCGGCACCCACUCAUCAACGUUCUGCCGUGGAAACGAAUAGUUGCCGUCUCAGCUAAGAAAAAGGGGUCUAAGAAGGUGCAGCCUAAUACUGGCUACCAGAACAAUGUUUCUCACCUCAACAAUGAGAACCUCAAGAAGUCACAGUCUUGCGCAAAUCUCUCCGCCUUUACACAGGACCAGUCGAGUCCAUCAAACCAAGGCUCCAAAAACUCCAACAACACAGCUUCCUCGGUCAAGAAGGCGCCUCUUUCCAACUCCAACGUUGUUCCCGGGACACCUAAGAGGGUGAUUGUCCAAGCAUCCACCAGUGAGUUGCUCCGCUGUUUGGGAGAGUUCCUCUGCCGGAGGUGCUACAGACUCAAGCACCUUUCUCCCACCGACCCAGUGCUGUGGCUCCGUAGCGUGGAUCGUUCUCUUUUGCUCCAGGGGUGGCAGGACCAGGGCUUCAUCACACCAGCCAACGUGGUUUUUGUCUACAUGCUCUGCCGCGAUGUGGUCUCCUCUGAAGUGGCUACGGAGCACGAGCUGCAGGCCGUGCUGCUGACCUGCCUCUACCUUUCUUACUCUUACAUGGGCAAUGAAAUCUCAUACCCUCUCAAGCCAUUCCUGGUGGAGACCUCCAAAGAAACAUUCUGGGAUCGCUGCCUGUCCAUCAUCAACCUGAUGAGCGCCAAGAUGCUGCAGAUCAACUCGGAUCCUCACUAUUUCACCCAGGUCUUUGCAGACCUCAAAAACGAGAGUCAGAAGGAGGAGGAGAGGAGUCGUCUGCUCAUUGGCCUUGACCGGUGAGGGGGCUCUGGAGAUGUCUUUGGUGUCACUCUCGUCUGGCUUUUUUUUUUUCUGGGGUAGUUCAGUCAAAAAUGGAAAUUCUGAGAAAUCUAUUCACCCUGAUGUUGUUCCAAACCUGUAUGCCCUUUGCAACACAGAAGAAUAUAUUUAGAAAAUUUUCUCAGUGUUUCUUAGUCCAGAAACAAUGGACCCCAUUGACUCUCAUUGUAGGCUCUUCAAAAUAAAGGUUCCAAGAGCAGAUUCUCACAGUAAUACCACUGAAGAACCAUUUUUAGUUAUUUCAGUUCUUAACAAGGAAUUUCUAUUGGUAUAAAGUUUUUUUUUUUAACAUCUAAAGAACUGUUUUCCACUAUUAAGCACUUUUUGGAGAAUGGAAAUGUUGUUCAUGGAAGAAUAGAAUUUUUAAAAGUGAAAAAAGUAUCUCCUUUUGUCUCUUCUUCUUUUAGAGUGUGAGUAAAUGACAACACAAUUUUCGUUUUUUGAGGGUGAUCUAUCCAUUUAUUUUGCUCCUACAUGGGUGGAAUGAAUAAUGAGAUAUCCUUCACUGUAUUAUUCACAUUCAUACAUUUUAUAGGAAGCAAUGGGUGAUGCUAAUGUUGUUCAAAAGGAGCAGUGGGUCUUUCAUUACCUUUAGCAAUGGCAAUUUUGCACCUGAAUAUAAAGAAAUGCCAGACUUGAGUGGACCAAAUGCUCUUAAUUAGUGAAUAUUUAAAAGCACUGUCAGAAAAGACUUCAAAAGACACAACGAGACAAAAAGAACACAACUUUGAAUGUGGACAGGAAUCCAGCUGUUGUCAAGCUGACUUCUGGACACUUUGCACCAAGAUCCUUGCCACCACUCAAUACAAAUGGAGACUUACUCAUAAUCAACAGACACUUGUUCUCCCGUGUCCAUGAAACCGGACACUCGCUGAAUGCUAAACACCUUGAUGUUGUAAAUUCUGUUACAGCCAAUUGCAAAAAGGAAAAAGGGAAGAGGGGCGCCUGAGCAUCAGGUUGAGCUUGUUUAUGUUCCCAAGCCACACACAAAGAAUAAAGGGAAAGGACUUUGAGGCCAGCAUUGCACAGUGGCUGUUGAUACAGAUGGACAAAAAGGAGAGGUUGUCUGCACAUUUGUAAGAAAGACCUACUUUAUUUUCAUCCAUGUUACAGAGUUAAACAGAUCUCUCCUUUGGUUUACGUCAUUUAAAAAAAAAACAACAACUGUAUUCAUCUGAAUGCACACUCAAGCCGGAUUAUUUAUUUUGAGUUUUUUUUUUUUUUUUUUUUGUAAAGCCGACUGCAUAUGUGUUUAGGGAAUGAAAUAUGAAAAAAAAAAAGUUCUUGCUAUGCCUGCUUCAAUGAGCCAUUGUUUUGUCAUUUUGUUUUGUAUUCAGACUAGUUUUAACAGGGGGCUCUGUACAGAAAAGCCUGUAAAUGUAUCAAAAACAGUGCCAUACCUUUGAUGAAAAUCAUGUAGGUCUAAAAACACAUACCAAAGGCCGGCAAACUUUGGAACAGUAGGAUUGUCAUUAACAAGUAUCUAUCGGAAUCGUAAUUUAUUGUUAUUUAUUAAUUAUUUCACACAUUUCUCUCUAGCAUUUAGAGAUUUUAGUAACGUGUUGUUAAAAAAAAAACAGCAUUUAGAUCGAUGGCUACCUUUUGGUGGGAAUGAAGAUUACGGCUAAUGCACAUUUGCAUUCAAAUGAAUUAUUCAAGUCGAUAACAUCUAUAAGAGCUUAGUUUAAGACCAUUUUCAGAUCUGAGAAACACCAAGGUAAUUCAUCAUAGUGACAGAAGAUCGGUUUCAAACAACAUGAAAUACCUGAAACCAAUUUCUCUGUGAAGUACUGUUGGGAUGUUCUACAUAUCAGCACUGCAACAGCAAUCAUGAGCGAUUAACCCUUGACAGCACAGACAAAAUCAAGCUCCAGGCAUUAAACUGGAUUAGAUGUAGUCUAUUUCUGGAGAUGAGCAAAUGUAAUAGAAUGCAAGUAACAUAAAAUAUUAGAAACUUACAUUUACAGCCACACUGAUGGAAUCAAUCAAACUGGAUCUGGGUUAUCAAGGGAAAAUAUGUGUCAUAUGAUCUAUUUGCCCACUUUAAAACAUCUCAACAGUCCUAAAUUGUGCAUGCUUUCUUUCAGUAGUUAUGUAUCUCUUUCUUUAUAGUCAAAAAAACACAAAAAAAAAAAACACAAAAAAAAGAUUGUGACAGUCAUAUAAGCAAACAUUAUUAUGUCUCUGUUAAUUCAUGCAAAGCCAGUUCUUCUCAUGAUAUGAAAGUGGGAUGGAUGGAUUCUGUGAGACUGCUUGCCCUGCUGCAUUGCUUAAAGUGACUUAAGGUCGAGGAAGCCAAUAAUUUACUCUAAAACGUGCCAGGGGAGGUUUGGAUAUGGGACUUGCACUUUUCUGUGAGCAAUUUGUCUGAGGAGACCGCAGGGGUUUGAGGUUGUGGGGUCUGAAGUAGGUGAGCCCUUCUUCACCGCUUGCCUGCUAUUACUUGCCCCCAGCCCACAAUAAUGUGCCAUUUUUCCACUUGCAUCACAGAGUAGUCCUUUGAAACAAGGAAAAACACUUAAAAAAUGUUAAGUAAAAGAUUAAACUCCUGUCAAACUCUC